AUGGCGCCAUCCGCGCGAGCGUCGCUGAUGCUCGCCGUGGUGCUCGCGUGCGCGCUGCUCGCCACCGGGCAUGCAGAGGCCACCGGCGGCCUCGUGUGCAAUCCGCUCCAGGACAAGACGUGCAAGCCGGGGGACCCCAAGGCGCCCGAGAACACGGAGGAGGGGGGCGGGUUCGGCGCGAGGCUGUCGUCGUCGCCCAUUCCGGGCCACGGUAUGAUCGACGGAGACAUCGACGACGAGUUGCCGUCGUUCAGCACCCACAAGACCAUCCUCGGCCACUGGGAGGAUCCGGUGCUCGAAGUCUGA